UGCAUUCUGGGAGUUGUAGUGUCCGCGGGGCGGCCUCCUUUAGCCUCCACCGGGCUCUGCACUCCAUCUCCCAGCCGGCCCCGCGCCGCGGAGGAGACGAACGGUGGGCGUGCUCGCUGCUGGGCUGCUGCUGGGGGAGGGGACUGGGGUCGAGAAGCUGCAGCGGCCGCCUUCGGGAGACGUUAGGCGCCGUCCGCGCCGGCUGAGGGACCCCCCCCCCCCCCCACUCCUCUCGUACCACUCCCCGGGCGGGUGACGACGAGGGUCGUGUGUCCGCCGCGCGUCCCCGUGCUCACCCUCUCUCCUGUCCCUGGGCGCGCGGCGUCCGCCAUGGAAGCACAUCCGGCGGUCGCCGGAGUCUCCGGGCGCCGCGUCCUCGGCUCCCCCGAGCGAUGAGAGGCUAGAGGUGCCUCUCCGCGCGCUCCGCGGGCCGGGGAGCGAAGGAGGGUCCGCCGGGCGGGCCGGCCGCUGUGCCCGCCCCCGCGCCGCCCCGCCCCGCCCCCUGGGGGCGCUGCCGAGGGGCGUCUGCCGCCCAUGCCGCCCCAGCGCUCCGCCGCCCCCGGCGCCCGCCGCUGAAGCCCAGCACGCGCCGCCGGCCCGCCCGCGCCCGCCGCCCCGCAGCCCGCCUCCGACCGCCGUCCUUUCCCCAAGAUGUGGCACAACGUCGGGCUGACCCUGCUGGUGUUCGUGGUCACGCUGCUGAUCGUCCUGCUGCUGAUGGUGUGCGGUUGGUAUUUUGUAUGGCAUCUUUUUCUAUCGAAAUUCAAGUUUCUGCGGGAACUGGUGGGAGACACAGGAUCUCAGGAGGGAGAUCAUGAGCCAUCAGGCUCUGAAACAGAAGAAGACACUUCAUCAUCCUCACACAGGAUGAGAUCUGCUCGCCAAAGGAGGGCACCUGCUGAUGAAGGCCACUGACCCCCAGCCCUCGUCUUGUACUAGUGAAUGAUGAAAGGCAGUGAGGAGCCUCUGUCUUUAAUGACUUGGCUUUGCAUUUUUUUUACUUGGAUUUUAAGUCCAGUUGGAAAAAAAAAAAAAAGAUUUAUAUGUAAGCCAUAUGAAAAUAAAGGGAAUUAAAUAAAACCAAAUCAGACCAUUGCAAAUUCCAUCUUAAAGAAUAAUCGUUUGCUUCACUAGCUUUCUACUUACAUACUUAACUACUCUUUGCCUCCUGGGCUUAUUUUCUUGCACUGGUGUGAAUCUGGUAAACAUCACAGGCUUGAAAAACCAUAUUUUAUUAGUUCUAUAAUGUAUGUUGUGUUUUUGUUUUUGUUACCACAUGUUAACCUUGUCUGAAAUUGGGAUGUAGCUCGUGAUUACCGUCAGCUGGGAGAUGGUUAUGAUGGGGUUACCCAACCCGUGCAUGUGUGCACGUACUAACAGCUUGUCCUAGACAGCGUCAUCACUGUAUCAUUGGUGUCAAAUGCGUCAGGUUUAAGAGGCAUUUAAAAAUGUCUUCCAAAAGAUUGCACUAUGAUUCAGCAUUGAAACGAAAAGUUAUCGUGUACGCAGAAAAGCAUGGAAACAGGGCAGCCGGGCGCACGUUCGGUAUUAGCGAAGCCAACAUCCGUCGCUGGAGGAACGACCGUGCUUCCAUAUUUACUUGUAAAGCGACAACAAAAUGCUUCACGGGGCCUAAGAAAGGAAGAUACCCACAAGUGGACGAAGCUGUACUAUGUUUUGUUGGUGAGAUGCGUGCAAAAGGAUUGCCUGUCACGCGCCAGGCAAUGCGAUCAAAGGCGGGAGAAAUUGCCAAAACCCUGGGAAUAGACGAAACAAAAUUCAAAGCAACGAGAGGCUGGUGUGAUCGAUUCAUGCGCCGAGCAGGACUGUCUUUAAGGCGUCAAACAUCGUUUUGCUCCAAGCUGUCUGCUGACGUGAAACAGAAGGCCACGGUGGAACACCCUUUCAUGAAAUGCUGCCUCCCCAGUGCUCUGGGUGACACCAAGGGUGCUGUUCUGUGGAAGCGAGCAGACCUCCGCGGCUGUGGUUGGAGAAGUGAUUCAGAAGAGUUGGACUCAGAAUAUGAAGUUAUAGUUAUAACUUAACCAGUUAAUUCAUACACUUUCUUCAGGUAUGUGCAAGAUCGGUGUGAUAAAAACCCGUUUAACUCUAGAACAACGUUUCAAUAAAUACCAACAUUCUACAUGCUGGGAAGGCAUUGUGUCGGUUUAAUUGCCUGGUUUUUCUUAGUGGUACACAUGGUGCCUCCUACAGUUGAUGGUAUCUUAGGUUAAAAAUAGUUUGUAAAUUUAUUUUUCUUUGUUGGAUAGCGGUUAUUUAUUGGGGAACUUCGUCCUGACUCUUAGGCUGUUACAAUGGUCCUCUAGGAGAUACAGUUUUUUUUUGCAACCUAUUCACGGUUUUAGAGUAGUAAUUUAGGCAUCUAAGAACCGUCUUCUACUUCAGGAAGAGGAUUAGUUUCUCCCUUUUGUGUGGGAGGACUUCAUGCUCAAGGCAUGCGUUGUGGAGAAAGUACUUCUUCACAAACGAUUCAGUGACAAGACCUCAGAGGUCCUGGGUAUUGAGGAUAAAAUAGAGUGGUGACCAUGCCCGCCUCACUGGAAAAUGAUCUGCCGGGUGCCCGUGUUUGUCUUCACUGGACUUUGGACUGGGUGUUCACCAGGGAAGAGAGCUAGGAAUUCAAAGACCCUUCCCGUUCAGUGUUACCUGCUCUGUACAAGAGUGAACUGCAAAGCCGGUGUCUUGUAUUAAUCCAAGUUCUUGUUCGGUUUUUCCCCUUUUUUUUUUCUCAAGAACUAGUCAUCACAGACACUCCCCUCUGUUUUACAACCGUGUGGAACCAUGUCUGAUACCUCGUCUUUCACGCCCAUAGUUGGUUUGUUAACAGGCGCACUUGCUGCGCCCCAGCUUGUAUUCCUGAGGUUUGCCUCUGCCGUCAUUGUAGCCCUUUGGAUAAACUGAAAGGGAAUCUGCAGACCAUAAGUUUAGUUUUCAGUAUUUGCUAGGGGAAGAUCCCCGGCAACCGAGAAGAGGCACAUACUCUUUCUGUCAUUUCCUUAUUGGAUGCAGUUUUCUGUUUGUGACUGUGGCGAUUAACAGAACCGUGACACAAGUUGCAAGCAUUAAUUUUUGUGCUUCAUACUAGCUGCAUUAUCACGUUAAAACGGUCAUCAGCUAGAAAAGAAUUAAUGCCUAAAAGCUUCUUGGUUACUGGGAGGAUAUUUAAAAUAGGUCUUUCAUAGUCUAAUAUUUUGAGCUGUGGAUUCUGCUUUCUAGUGUGUACCUUAGGUUUAGAUACUAAUCAUAGUUGCUGACAAACAUUAAGUAGCCAGUGAGCUUCUGUACUGUUUCAGUAUUAAAGAGUGAUGGCUGGUGUAACUUCAUAAAAUCUGCAGGGGUCAUCCACAGGUGGCUACAAAUGAAUCCAUGUGAAGGUGUACAUGUUGGUAUUAUUUACAUUUAUGCUUCAGGGAUAUCUUUUUUAGUAGGAUUUAGGGAAACGGUCUGUUGAACUUACUUAGGAAAUACAUCCAAAAGCAUAUUAAGCAGCUUACACCCUACCACCUUUUAACUCUUCGGAGUGCAGAAAGAAAUCACUGAUGCCAAUAUGAAUGUUUUGCAAACCAGUUCCUUUGUUUAAAGCUUUUAUCUUUUCUUGCAUUCCUUUUCCCCUCGAUACACUCACCGUAGUACGUAUUUCUAAGGCCGCUGCCAAGAUAGGCGAGAGGAGUGUUAACACACAAUUAUUUGUGUGGGGGUAAUGUUUCUGUUCCCAUUUCUCUGUUAGUGCUUUUGUAGCUGUGCUUAACCAUCACUUCAUACGUGCAUUUUCAUUUUCUCAGUGGGAGACUGACUAGCCUGUGGUUAAUUUUGAAGCUUAGAAGGUUCCGAGCAUUAAGAGUGCAUUCAAGUGUCCAUCUGGUCUGAAUACUCACAGAGAUGGUGACCAACUAUGCCAUCUUUUGAGGAUUAAUUCUAAAAUUGAGGACUCUGAUAGGUUGUUUCAUUUCCUUCCCAAUCAACCAUUCCCACAUCUUUUUUUGCCUCUGAUGACACUUUUGUGAAAAUCGCCUAAAUCAAGCGUACUGGUUUGCAUUGCUCUGAUUCCAAUGCCAAAAAACACUAGAUAUUUGUGUGGCACUGUUCAGUGAGGUUUUUAAUAUUUACAUCAAGCUAAAAAUAGAAUUCAUCCAGUGGAUUUUGUAGUAUUGUUUUCAUGGUGGAAACAUUAAAUACCUAGUUUUUGGGUGAACAGCUAAUUCACCUAUGUGCUGACCCAUUUCUUUAGAUGAUGCUAGGCUUAAAAACAAGUUCAACUGUUAUUUUGCUGAAAGGUGGGAAUGUAUUUUGCUGGAAGAUGGGUGAACCAUAUUAAUGGCUUCACAAAAUGUUACUUUAAACCAAAACGUGUUGAAAGAUUUGAAAGUAGUGCUCUUUUAUUUUUAGGAGCAACGUAGUUUGAAAUUACUUUAAGUCAACAAUGCAGUAUUUUUUUUUAAAGUCCGUUUUUCUUAGAAGUUGUGUUUUAGUGUGACAUGUAACCAAUGUAACAUUAGAUUUUUGACUGGUAAACUUCAGGUGCUUUUAUAUUUGAAGUUGACUUUUAAAAGCUAAUGAGCAGUACUCAAAGGUUGUAGACUUUGGAGCAGCUAAUGGAGUCUAGAAUUCGAGCACCUAGUAUCGUCUGCUUUUAAAGUAUCCUAUAGCUUUUAACUUAAAGCAUAAAGAAUAGCAUUUUAUCUCCUAUUACUAAAACUUCCAUUUUCCAUUUCUUAAUGUACAUGGGCUGCCUGCCUUAUGACCAGUGUUUAACAGUAGGUACCCUUCCGAGUCAGUUCUGUGCAUAACCAUCCACCAAAUAUGGCUUCUCUGGUUUCUUAAAGGAAACAUUUUGUGCUGUGCUAUGAUGCAUUGCCAUCCUGCUGCUUGACAAAUAGGUCUAUGUAUAAGGAAUUAGAAAUGUGUGCAUCAAUAGUACCAUUAUAUAACGAGAUGUAAAAUUAGAGUUAAGGAAUGUGUGUAAAUGAUCAUUCACUGUUCUUGUUUCAAAACUGGUCAGUACUAUAUACCUAAAGCUUCUGUGGUUUGUUUGAUGUUUUAACUUUCACUUUAAACUGCAAAGAAUAAAUUAAACUGAAAACAAAA